AUGAGAGUUACAACAAAUCGAACAUCAAAACUUCAAACAGCAACACGUACUAAAGCAUCAACAACAACAAUAUUGAAUGAGCAAACUGGACAUUUACAAAAUGGUACAACUAUAGUUUCGCCGACAUCAUCAAAUAAUGGUUCACUUCGUUUAAUUGAUUCAGGUGAUUACUUAUCAACAGCGGUUUCUCCACAACAACAACAUCAACCUGUAACAACAUCGACUAUGCUUCAAUAUUUACAACCAUCCUCUAAUGCAAUACAAAAUAUGCUCAUUCAACAGAUAUUAACAAGUCCCGAACAGCAACGACUUCUUGUGGAAAAAAUUAAUCAACAACUAAGUGAACAAAUUCAACUCAACCUUGUCCCACCUACAACUACAUCCCAACCAACAACGAAUUCAGACAUUAUUAAACAAAUUCAAAAUCAACUUGCUAAUCAACAAUUGCUUCUUCAACAAGUUUCAUCAAAGCAACAACAACAGCAACAAAUUCCAAGCCUAUUUAGCAUUACAAAUUCUAAUAAUACUAAUCAACCAACAACGGCUACUGUUCAAUAUUUAACAACUACACCCAAUAAUUCUUCUACUAGCGGUGUAAAUAUAAUCGGAAAUAAUAAUAAUAAUAAUAAUAAUAAUAGUGAAGCACGAAUUACUAUGCCAACAACAACGGCUAUCAAUCGUUCAUCAACUACUAUAACCAAUCAACAGCAAGAUUUAAUAAAUCCUUUAUAUCAACGAAAUUAUUGUCGUUGGCCAAGUUGUGAUACUUUAUGUUUAUCGUUAGCCGAUUUCAAUCGACAUGUUAAUGAUGAACAUUCACUUGAUGAUCGUUCUGUUGCUCAAGCACGUGUACAGCAACAUGUCGUACAACAACUUGAAUCAUUGUUAGCACGUGAACGUGAAAUUCUUCAAGCUAUGAUGAAACAUUUACAUGGCGGAUCAAUAACUACAAAUGGAGCAACAUCAUCGAAUUCAAAUGCAGCAACAGCUCAUAUUAUUAAUCAGCCAGCUACACGUGCAUUAACAACAUCGACACCAUAUCAUCAUGGAUUAACAGCAAAUGCGCGUACAGCCCAAUUAGCAUCUUUAUCGUCGCCAGCAUCAUCAUCAUCUUCUAUUAAUAAUACAUCUUCAUCGGCAGCACUUCAUCAUUUACCUAUGGUGAAAUUAGAGAAUGCUUUUCUCACAUCAACAGGUGCGGUUACAACAACAAAUUCAAGUGAUGCAUAUAAUCGUAUAACUCCACAUGAUCUUUCAUCGGCAUCCGGUGCAACAACAUCAGCAAUAUUGCGUGCUAGCGCAUCGAGCUCACCGCCGCCUGUUCAUACAGUUGAAGAAGAAGUCGGUGAUGAUACACAAGAUGACGAUGAUGAUGACGAUAAUAUGGAUGAUAUGAAUGGAGAUAUAUCAGUACAGACUGGUCCAAAUGGUAGUAUUUUGCCGAUUAUCAAUAUGGAGAAACAUCGUCUUAGUAGAAAAACAAAGGCAAUGCUAGCAUUAGGUGGUAAAAAAGCUGGCAAAGGAAAAGAAUUAAAAAAUCGUGAAUACUAUAUGACACAUGAUGUUCGUCCACCGUUUACGUAUGCAACAUUAAUUCGACAAGCUAUUAUUGAAUCACCAGAUAAUCAAUUGACAUUAAAUGAAGUAUAUAAAUGGUUUGAAGGACAAUUUCUUUAUUUUCGAAAAAAUGCACAAACCUGGAAGAAUGCUGUUCGGCAUAAUCUUUCAUUGCAUAAAUGUUUUAUGCGCGUCGAAAAUAUCAAAGGUGCUGUAUGGACGGUCGAUGAAAAUGAAUUCUGUAAAAGACGUUUAACACGUACCGCAGAAAAAGGCCACAGUCAUAAUGAAUCAUCUUCAUCCUAUGGACAUAAUACAUCUACUCGUUUAUCUACUGGUGAUGAUCAGGCACUUUAUUCUUAUCCAUUUGGUAUGGAAGAUGAUUAUAAAGAUUUUAAAGGUUUAUUAAAUACUCAUGAAUUAGCAUUGAGUGGUGCUCAUUCACAUGGGGGAAAUGGUGAUGAUGAUGACGAUGAUGAUGAUGAUGAUGGCGAUAAUUCUGCUAGUAUUAAUGAAAAUGGUGGCGACCAUCAUGAUCAAUCUACUGAUAUGAAUCAUAGUCAAUAUGAUCAAACUGAUGAUGAUGAUGGACAAAAUGAUAUGAGUUUAGCACAUGGUGACGAUGAACAAGUUGAUGAAUAA